AUGGCGAUAUCUGUUGCAUAUUUGGUUUUGCUCUGCAGUAUAUUCAUACAGGCUGCAGUCUCGCAUGGUGGUCUCGCAAAUUAUACCGUGGGUGAAACAUGGUACAGAGGAUUCGAUCCGAAUGAGCGAUCAGAUGAGCAAGUUGGUCAGCCGUGGAUGGUGCAGCGCAGAUGGGACAGUAUUGAUCCCAUUUUUCAUGUCAAUGACUCGGGAUUGGCUUGCAACACGCCUGGUACAACGGCAAUAUCAUAUAUCCCUAUAAGAGCAGGCGAGAAUUUGACGGCAGUGUACUGGUACUGGCUUCACCCUGUCGGCCCCAUGACGGUUUGGUUGGCUGCCUGCGAUGCAUUUGGAGGUUGCGAAAAGGCAGAUCCUAACAAACUUGAAUUCUUCAAAAUUGCAGAAGCCGGGCUGCUCAACGGAUCUGUUCCAGAAGGCAUUUGGUAUCAAAAAGCUUUUCAAAAUUGGGACGGGUCACCGGACCUCUGGCCAGUGAUUAUACCAAGAACUAUCAAGCCUGGUUUAUACAUUGUGAGGCACGAGAUUUUGAGUCUUCACAUUGAGAACAAACCCCAGUUCUACCCGGAAUGUGCCCAUUUGAAUAUCACGGGCACCGGAAGUUCCUUUCCUAGCCAAGACCAUCUUGUCCGCUUUCCUGGAGCAUAUCGAGCUGAUGAUCCGAGUAUCAAUAUCAACAUUUACACAGACGAAAUGAAGAGAACCGAGGUUUGUUCGUAUGCCAAGCACUAUGGAACAUCUCUGACCAUCAGUAGAACUACACAAUUCCAGGACCUCCGGUAUGGCGCGGCUGACUACUCAUCGCGUCUGGUUCAUCCGAUUGGAUUAUUCUCAGGCAUUCAUUGA